AUGCACACCAGCACGGAUCCCAUGCAUACACUACACGACAGUGUCUCACUAUCACCGCCUCUCCACAAAAGCCAAAGAAACGGCUCAUCCUCGCGUACUGCCACAUCUGAUGGCAUGGCCAUAGUGUGUGACGAUGGAGAGCCGACGGCUGCCAGUGGCAGCGGAGACAACAGCAGUGGCGCCGGAGGCGGAGGACCGCUGGUGAAACCGCCAUAUUCCUACAUUGCACUCAUCACUAUGGCCAUACUGCAGUCGCCGCACAAAAAACUAACACUAAGUGGAAUAUGUGAUUUUAUAAUGUCGCGAUUUCCCUACUACAAAGACAAGUUUCCCGCUUGGCAGAACUCAAUACGCCACAAUCUCAGUCUAAACGAUUGCUUCAUCAAAGUUCCUCGGGAGCCUGGUAAUCCGGGCAAGGGAAAUUUCUGGACACUGGAUCCACUCGCCGAGGACAUGUUUGAUAACGGCAGCUUUUUGCGGCGUCGCAAACGCUAUAAACGAGCGCCGGCCAUGCAACGCUUUUCAUUUCCGGCGGUAUUCGGCACCUUGUCGCCAUUUUGGAUUCGUAAACCGGUGCCGCUGGUUCCGGUGCACUUCAAUGUGCCUAAUUUUAAUGGAAGCCGUGACUGCUUCGACGUCAUGCACACGCCCAGCGAUGUGUUCGAUUCAGCCUUACGUGCGGAUAAGAAAUUCAAUUUCUUUGCAAAUGCGGAGGCUUCGUUCUAUCAGAAUAACAAUGACAAAUUCGAUCGAUUGUCGUUCAUCAAUCGCCGUGCCGAGUCACUGGAGACGAAUCCACACGGCAGUACCAGCAGCGGUGGUGGAGGUGGAAGCGGCGGGGCUGGUGGGGGCAUUGAAGAUGUGACCAGAGCAACAACAAAGUACAAAAAUCCCUAUACAUUUGAGGCGGCCGCUGGUGCAGCCGCCGCCGCAGUGCAGGGCAGCAACGAAGCUGGCCCGGAGUAUAAUGAACCAGGAAGCUAUAUGGAUCUCAAUGCCUACAAUGACACGGACGAUACAUCCUGCGACAAGAUCGAUGUGGAGAGUGCCAACGAGCAGGACUCUCACAUAUCGGACUCUGUGGACAGCGUAUGCACAAAUACGAAUCGCCUGGACGCCGAGGAGUCAUACAAGUCUGUAGGGCGAACGAAUGGGGCCAUGACCGACGAGAGGGAAGGGGACCGCGAUCGUGAACGCACCUCGCCAUAUGGCUUACUAUUCGAUCACGCAGAGGCGUCCAAUAGCUCUUUAAUGAUUACGUCCAGCCCAAAAACACCUGCUCUGGUAACCCAUCUGCACAGUAUCGGGCGUUAUAAGUCCUCUAUGCCAACCUUCGAGAGCGAGCCAGGCCUGCGAUGUGCCAAGCAAAGUAACGCCAAGGACUUUCGCAUCGAGACGUUGAUUGGCCACGGCGAUGACGCCAGUGAUUAA